AUGAGUGACAUUCUCAUCAACGACAGAUACCGUGUUGACCACAAGAUCGGCGAAGGAGGCUACGGUAUCGUCUACUCCGGAACUGAUCUUCAAUCCAAUGGCGAGGCUGCUAUCAAGCUCGCGUACGUUCGGGAUGGUCCCUAUGUGCUGCAGGGCGAGGCAGACACGUACAAGGCACUAGCCGGCGGAGUCGGUAUACUGCGCGUCCUAUGGUUUGGGCAGGAAUGCGAUUUCUAUGUCCUCGUUCAGGAGGCCCUCGGUCCAUCACUUGAGGAUCUGUUCAACUACUGCAAUCGGCGGUUUUCGUUGAAAACUAUCCUCCUCCUUGCCGACAGGCCAUUACCCGAAUCGAACAAUUUCCUCAUGGGAGUUGGCAAGCAAGGGAAUAUACUAUAUACAAUCGACUUCGGCUUGGCUAAGGAACAUUCCCUUGCUAAAGAACAUAGACAGUACGAACAUCGCUUCCUUGGAGGCACUAUCCGGUAUGCAAGCAUCAAGAACCACCUUGAGCAAGAGCAGUCUUGGGGUGAUGACCUAGAGUCCCUAGGCUACAUCUUCGUCUAUCUUGCUCGUGGUUCGCUUCCGUGGCAGGGCUUGAAGGCCUCAACGGAGAAGGAGAAGGACGACUCGAUCAAAGAGAGAAAGAUGAACCUAUCCGGGGAAGCACUCUGUGAAGGCAUCCUCCCUGGCGAAUUCGCAACGUACAUCAACUACACUCGGUCGCUAGGUUUCGAAGACAAGCCCGAUUACGCGUACCUUCGCAGGCUGUUUCGUCGUCUAUUCACAGCUAAGGUUUUCAAGUACGACAAUAUAUUUGACUGGACUGAAAAAAGAUUCCAUGAAAUUCAUGGCACUGUCAACCCGCCGGAACAUCCGACACCAACGGCACCGAGGGAGAUGGUGAGCGCCGGUGAGCGCCGGUGA